CAUCAGGGCACUGAUGAUCAGUGCCCUGAUUAUCGGUGCCCAGCAGUGCCAUCCACCAGUUCCGCCCACCUGUGCCCAGCAGUGCACCCACCUGUGCCACUCAGCAGUGGAACCACCUGUGCCACCCAGCAGUGCACCCACCUGUGCCACCCAGCAGUGCACCCACCUGUGCCCACCAGUGCCACCCACCUGUGCCCAUCAGUGCAGCCCAGCAGUGCUGCCAUCAGUGCCACCUAUCAGUGCUGUCUAUCAGUGCCACCUAUCAGUGCUGUCUAUCAGUGCCACCUAUCAGUGCCGCGUAUCCGUGACACCUCAUUAGUGCUGCCUUAUUAGUGCCGCCUAUCAGUG